GGGAGCCGCGAUAGCCGGGUGGGAAGGGGAGACGUGCCCGGCCCGUAAAAGUUCAUAUCCCCAAUGGAUGAUGAAGUAUGCAGAAGCAUCUGAGUGCAAAGAGGUUUUUUCCUGACCAGCUUCAUUCAGGUGUCCUAUAUUAGUCAAGACUGUGAAGAAAUUCCAGAAUUCCUAGGAAGAAAAUAUGGACAUAUGGCAAAAAGGCUAGAUCUUAGCUUCAACUUGUUAAGGUCACUAGAAGGACUGAAAACAUUCAGUUACUUGGAAGAGCUGAUCUUGGACAACAAUCUACUCGGAAAUGACCUUCUGUUACCCAAGUUACCCCACCUCCAUACCUUAACGCUCAACAAGAACCAAAUAACAGAAUUAGAAAGCCUUUUGAACCAUUUGGCUGAAGUUGUGCCCUCACUACAGUAUCUCAGUCUGCUUGGAAACGUGGCAUGCCCAAAUGAGCUGGUCUGCAAAGAGAAGGAUGAAGAUGACUACCAGAGGUACAGGUAUUUUGUCCUGCACAAAUUGACAAACCUGAAAUUUCUUGAUACUCGGAAAGUAACCAGGAUGGAGAAAGAGGAAGCCUUACUAAGAGGUGCCUUCAUGAAAGUGGUUAAGCCCAAGGAUGCUAAGGCCUCUGGUGAUGCUGCUUCUACCUCUCCAGAGAUGCACUAUACACCUCUGCCUUCAGGAUCCAGAGACCUCACCAAUCACAGAGGUAUUUUGGGAAAAUGCCGCUACAUUUACUAUGGAAAACAUUCAGAGGGCAACAGAUUCAUCAGAGAUGACCAGCUAUAAAACACAGCAUUGUUUUGUGCCUCUUCAGUCCCUCCACAUAAGAAGCACAAAUUGCAUCUAAAUUUCAAGCAUGUAACUAAAGUCCUCUAGUGCCUUCUGCUGACUUUGCCAAGCCUGUCAAGAUCAUCCUUCUAUCUUAGUCUGAGUAGUCACAUAGAGAUUGACAUGAUUGCCUUUAAGCAGGUCCCAUCCACCAGGGUGACAGCCAGCUGCAGCCAAGCACCCGGCCUGGCAGGAGGAGCACCGUGAUGGAUUGCCUGGUCCAAUUGCUGCUCGCAGAAGAGCAGAGGUCACACCUGGUGCUUCAGUGAGGAUGCUCCAUUGGUCGGCGCCUUAGCAAAAGCAGCGCGGUUUAUCUCCAGCUUGCCUGUUGAGUGAAAGUGGCUGGCGAUAUCAAAGUGUUUAUAAAAGAGAGGCUAUAGUUUCAGAUGAAAAACCCCUUAUCGGUUCUUCCCACCCCCCACCCCCCCCCCCCCCGUGUGAAUUAAGUGCUUGUGUUUCUAUCAUCUUGUACAUGCUUACACAAAUUCUGUCACUGCGAUUUUUUUGUUUGGUGUUCCUCCACCCUCCCACCCCAGAUGAGUCUAGAUAGAUUAUUUUUUCUUCCAACAGGGAAAAAAAAAAAUCCUGAAAAUAUUUUGGCCAUGCAAAGUACUAUCAAUUUGUAUAGCUCUUUUUAUGCAAAGGAAACAGAUUUAAGCAAUUUUACAAACAAAAUUUGCUAAUUCUUUAAUUACAUCUCAACAUUUACUAACUCUGACCUUCAGAAAAGCAAUCAUUUUUUUAAUGCUGCAGAAUAGUGGCACAGCUUAACUGUACAUGCUUGGAAGACGCCCUCAAUUGUUAUAUUGGCAGUGUGUAUUAUUCCUGGUUUAUUACACAAGAUAAUUUGUACAGAGAUAGCAUUUAGAAUUAAAUGUUUAAAUUUGGAAAGAAAAAAGUGCUUAAAAGGAAUGAUAUAAAAUAAAAUUGCCACCAGAUAGGUAUGAUUAUUCAGAGGGGAAAAAGUCAGUAAAAGUAACUGGUGCAAUUAACAUGAUUAACAGUUUUAUUAAUAUGUUACAGAGACAAGUUAUUAACCCAUUUUGAUGUCUAUGUAAGAAAGGCUAUUGUCAAAUUUUCAGUGGAAAAAAUAAAAAUGUAUGGCAUAUUUCGUGCAUUUCUGAUGAACAAGUUGGACAUAUUUAGAAUCAUAAACUUGUUAGUGUGAAAAAAAAUCCCAAUACUUCAUGUAUAUCUUGUGUUAAGUGCCACUUGAUACAAUGGGAUUAGCCAAGGAAUAUGCAAAAAUGCUGACCUCUGGACUGUUCCAAACCUGUGCGUAUUGGUCCCAGUUGAGAGCCAUCAAUGUCUGAUUGUUCUUGUCUUCUUUGAAAUUACUUGGUGGUCUUUAUUCACUUACCUGGCUGAAAAAAUUGUCAGGUUUUAGAAGUUGCCUACUUUGGGGGGCUAUUGAGCUGGUGUUGCACGUGGAACUCAACUGGAUAUUGAAGCCAAUCAUUAAAUCAGGUUUGACUGAUGAAAAAGAAUGAAACACUGGCAGAGUGACAAAGGAAAGCUUGCUGCUGUUGAACAUUUCAGGCCUUACUCAGUAAAUGUAAGCCUUCGCUCACUCUGAAAGUCUAUAAUAAAUCUGUAACAGAUACUUAAAAUCAGGGAUGAAUGUAGAAGGAUCCAGUUCACACCACCUGUGGUUCAAAUUGAGUUCUGAGCUGUUUGCCAGACACAAAUUGGUGUCUGGAAAAGCACAUUUGGGCCACUUUUAACACCUCUGCUAUUGUCAUACAUGGCUAGAAAUGAAAUGCCAAUUCACAUUAGAAGUCCUAGGAGAUAUUAGAUAAAGGGAAACCACAUGCCUCUCUUUAAUCAAAAAUAUUAUUAGAAAUAUUUAGGGCACUUGUCACUUCUCUUGGUCACCAAAAUAACAGCAAUCCUAGUUUGUUCCUAUCAUACUGUGUGUUUUGAAGCCUCCACACAUUUAGGCCAUGGCAUAUUACAGGCAGCAGGGUUCUGAAUAGGGGUGUUUAGAAUAAUCUGAUGUCACUUUCAGUCUGGUUGCAUAUAUGUUCUUGUCUUUAUAGAAGGCUUUAACCCUGCCUCAAACAAUAAACAGCACUUGCAAACUGA